AAGGCGACGCCGCAAUGGCCACCACCCAGCAGUAUUCGCUGCGGUGGAACAACUACCUGCGCCACCUCACCUACUCCCUGGACAAUCACCGGCUGAACGAUGACUUCGUGGACGUCAGCCUGUGCGUGGACGGACGCAGGAUCAAGGCCCACAAGGUGGUACUCUCCUCGUGUUCGUCCUACUUCAAGGAGAUCUUCAAAGAGAAUCCACAUCCGCAUCCAGUUAUUAUUUUUAAGUUUAUAAAGUUUGAAGAUCUCAACUCGAUUAUCGAGUUUAUGUACCAGGGCGAAGUCAAUGUACAGCAGGAGGCGUUACAAUCCUUUCUGCAGACGGCGGAGCUGCUGGCCGUCCAGGGACUCACCGCCGAGGAGAAGGAGAAGCCCCAGCUGCCGGUGGCGCCACUGAUUAGCGAGCACAAGCUGAUCAAAACGAUACCCAGCACCAUACGGGCGGUGAGCGAUCAGCAGCAGCAGCAGCAGCAGGUGGCCCAGGCCCAGUCGGCCACCCAGACCAUUGAGAUCCCAACGGCCACACUGCUGCAGGCCACCACCGCCAGUCAGGUGCAAAGUCAGGUGGCAGCCGCCGCCGCUGCAGCAGCAGCAGCUGCCCAGUUGCAAGUUCAACAGCAUCAUCAUGUACAAACCGCUCAGAUCCAGCACAUUCAGGUGCAAUCUGCGCCGCCACCUCAGCAACAGCAACAGCAACAGCAGCAGCAGCAGCAGCAACAGCAGUCGCAACAGCAACAAUCGCAGCAAUCCCAGCAACAAACAACACCUGUCCAGACGCAACAUCUGACAAUUACGAAUGCGGUGGCACUGCCGACGGCGAGUUCGGUGAAGAAGCGAAAAAUCACCUUCUCCGAUGACGAUGAUAACAUCUACACCACCGAGACAGUCGACUAUGCCGUCAAGGACGAACAGACCAUAGUGAAAACUGCCGAAAUGACAUUUUUGAGAGGCGCCGUUAAAAUGGACAUACCGGACUAUAUUGUGGGGGAGGUGGAUGACCGAUUGUCGGAUGGGGCCACGCCACAAACAUCACAGGAUGCCACCACGGGUGCAGGGCAGACAGUUACCCAGUAUUCCAACGAGUACGAGAUACUCACCGAAUCCGAGAUCGAGGAGAAGUAUCAGGCCGAUCAGGAUAAUGCCGAAAUAGCCAUCGAAAUGACUCGAUUACUGGGACCAGCGAGUGGGACGGCGGCGGGGAGUUCGGCCCAGGCUGUGCUGGAGGAUGGUGACGGCGGCGGCGGCGGUGGUGGUGGUGGUGGAGCGACGACUGGUUCCUCGACUACGGUGUCCCUGACGCCGGUCAAGUCCGACAGCAAGGCCGGCGGGCCAAAUGGUGAGUUUACGGAUUCGUCCAACAAUAAGUGGACUGAAUGUCAGUUUUGCAAAAUGGUCAUAACGACGGUUAAUCUUUGGAGACAUAUUCGCACCCAACACACCCCCCAACCGCCCCGCAAGUGUGAUCUCUGCAAUAAGAAUUUCAAGAACAAAUACAGCCUCCGGGAGCACAUCCGUAUCUCCCACGAACAGAAGGUUGCCAUCAAGACGGAGAAUUAAUUUUCAAUUCGGAGAUGAACAAGGAAUAUAGAAGAAAAAUAUAGAUAAUUACGUCCAGUCCAGCUUAGUGAAAAGAAAGAAAGCCAUUCCCCCCCACAUCCCAUCUAAGGCCCGAAAAGUCAAAGCCAAAAAAAGAGAAUUCAUGGAGUUUUGUCAAGAUUUGAACCAUUUAGCUUAUCAUUGUAUGUCUAGGACUUAGAUCUAAUCCUUAAUAAGUAGUUACUAAGUCGGAGAGUGGCCAGUGGCCAGUUCCCAGUCAGCUAAGUUAGUAGUCCGGAGAUCGGAGCUGGUGAUCCUCUCGAUGUCGACCAAAUGCCAUGUCAUGUGUCUAAUGUAUAUGUACCAUUUUGUAUUUUAGUCAGGUACUGCCCACCUCGCCUCUCCCCCCCCCCCCCCCCCCCCACCCCCUUUAAACAAUAUUAUAAAAAAUGAAACCUCCCCCCCCAAUUAUGUAAAUAGAAAUUUUUCCCCAAAAAAAAAGCAGAAAUCUCCAGGAGAUUAGGGAAUACCAUAUAUAAGGGUGCAAUCCAUUAUAAACUUAAAUUUUAUUAAAAUUUCUUUUUGUUAUCAUCUUUUUAGGUUUUUUUAACAGUUUUAUUUUUAAUUAAGAUUUAGUUUUUACGUUUAAAGAGUCAUUCGAGUUUUCAAAACUUGAAAUUUAGUUUCUUUUGAAAUUUUUUUGAAACUUUUUUGUAAAAAAAAACAAAACUGAAUUAUGGAAUUUAUAAUUUUUUUGAAAAAAUCAUUUUUGUAUAUAGUUCAAAUUAUUUCUAGUUAAAUUUUUUAUAUAUCUUAUUUUUGGAAAACCCAAAUUCCAGGAUCUUGAGAGAUUUCUGUUAUCCCGACUUUGUAAAAUUUUGUUUUGUAAUUUUUAAUUAUUUGCUCAGCCCCUCUCCCCCCCCACCAACACGCCCUCUAUAUCUAUCCAUUGUGUACAAAUUUAUUAAAAAAAAAAAACAAAUAACUAUUAAACUUAAAAAAAGAACCUUCCCAAUGGGCCUCUUGUGUUGGCAAUUGUUUAUAAAUAUACUAUAUUAGCUAAAAUUAGUAUUAGUAUUUUAGUUUUUAAGAACACAUUCGAUUGAAAAUAGUUUAGUUAUUUUUUGCUAAAAAAAAAAAAUAACAAAAAUGGCAAAAAAAAUUACCUAAAAGCCAAGUGAAAACAACGGAGUCAUAAUAUUAACGUUAGAAUUAGUUUCAAAAUACGAGUAUUUUCCAAAAAAAAAACACAAAACAAAAAAACUAUAAGAAAAAUGGCAAAAAAAAAUUAAGAAAAUAAAAAAACGUUUAGAAAUCGUCUCUUGAAAACGAAAAAUCCCCCCUAUUACAAACCUAAAGAUAAUCUAGUUAAAUGAAACAAGAAACACUCAUACGUAUUACUUAUCGAUCCAACAUAUUGUUCAAUGUAUAGUAUACACUUGUAGUUAAUGUUUACUGUCUGAUCUGGUUCUGAAUCUGAAUCCUCCCGGUUCGAAAACUUUUCCAAAACUUCAAAAAUAUUUACCAAAAAAAUCAUCUUAAAAAUCAUCCCACCCAUCCAUGACCUUGCUUAAGAUCUCAUUGAAAAAAAAAAAACUUAAAAAUAAAAUUACAAAAAAAAAAAAAGAAUUUAUCAACGAAGAAUUAAGGAUAUUGGAUGUAGAAUCGGUACAGUGGUCAUCAGAUAGUAAGAAACAGAAACAGAGCAAUAGUUCUAAUUAGCAGAGAUUCCAAAAUUUAUAAAAAAAAAUGAUUAAAAAAAAUGGAAAAAAUUAAGAAAAAGAAAGUAUAUUUAAGGCCCCCCCAGUAUGUAACUAAAAAAUUACUCAAUUUAAUUAAAUUUUUGGUAAUAAGCCGAAAAAGAAAGAGACAACAUUAUACAGUUAGUGUGGAAGAGGAAAAGAGAGACAUAGAGACAGAAACAAAAUAAAAGAAUUCAUGUAAACCAUUUAGAAAA